AUUUUAGAAAACAAAAUGGCGGUCGGUUUUAGCGGAGCUCUUCAAUUGACAGAUUUGGAUGAUUUCAUUACUCCAUCACAAGUGAGUAGCCAUUUGUUUAUGAAUAUAUUAUAAACUUUGCUAUUGACUUAUCAAAAUACGAUUUCAUUUUAGGAAUGUAUAAAGCCGGUAAAAGUAGAGAAAAAGCCAGGGCAUGUAAGUGUAUGAUUAACUCUUCCAUUUAUUUUUUUAUACAAUAAUUUGAUAAAAAAAUCCUGGGUAUAAAUUUAUUAACCCUCUAACCCCUGAGAGCGGGUGACAUCUAAUUUCUCCUGACAAUGUCCUCCCUGAAUGAAACAUUUAACUCACGAGAAAAAGGAAAUGAUCUCCAACUAAAGAAGCUCUUGAUUACUAUACAAAUCCUCUUUGGUAGCAGCUUAAGAAAUUUAUAGAGAACGGUAUGGAGAAUAUGCAUGAUGAUGUCAGGGUGUAAGGGGUUAAAAAACUCUCAGAUCGUGUUAACUUAUCCCAUGUUAGUAAGACACUCUUAAUAAUUAAAACUAAGCAUUUCAUUUGUAUCUAUUUCUAACUGAGAGAAGAAUCUAUAGCAGUUAGAAAAAAGUUCAAUCAGUUGCAAUAGAUCAAUCAAGUGAUUGAUCUGCUGCAGUGGUUCAACCAAUAUGAUAAUCUAUCAGUAUCUAUAAUCUUGUCCAUUGAUUAACAUUUGUUACUUUCCUAUGGUCAAUCCAGGCCACAAUGGCAUAUUUAAGAGGUUGAGUUUUAAAGUUGGAUCAAACUAAAGGAUUGAGUUCAUUGAUUGACCAUUAUGAUUUUUAAUAGUUGGCAAAAAUCAAGAUUGAAGAUGAUGGAAGUUACAUUCAGCUUUCUGAGGUAAAUCUAGAAUCUGUGUUCCCAAAUUUAAGCAGUAAAACUGUUAUAGUCUGCAUUAAAGCCUAUUGGUCCACCCAGCUGGAGCUUAUCCCCAUUUCCAUGUACCAUGAAGUUGUCCCCCCCCCUGCAUUUCAUCAGGCUUCCCUGACAACUGGCUUGUACCCAUUUACUCUCCUGGGUGGAGAGAGGCACUGUCAGUGAGACUAAAGAGUCUCACCCAAGAACACAACACACUGACCUGGCUCAAUCAGUGCACUGACCACUGCAUCUCCCAUUUAUAGAUAAGCUAAGUUACUUAGUUCAAUAUCUUUCCCUUGCUAAGUUGGCAGUGAAGAAAGCUCUCAGUAUAGGAUAUUAUGUUAACUUGAUAUCUUGCUAAUGAGAGAGUACUGUUGUUAAACUUUGUCAGGGUGGAGAGAAAACCAAACUCCAACGAGCACAAAUAACACUAAAUGAUUGCUUGGCUUGUAGGUGAGGGAUUUUUAAUAUUUAGGGUCUAUAAUGAAAACACCAUUUUUUUUGUUCUUUUUCUGUAAUUAAUGUGUGCUUCCUUAAUAUUUUCAAUUCACAUACCAGAUGGAUUUAAAUGGGCAAAGGAACUUCAUGAUUGAACAUCAUCCCUAUUUCCUCAAAUUACUUGUAUGGAAUAAUUACCCAAUUCUUUUUUUUUUUCAAAGCAAAAAAUGUAUAUGUUUUCAAAGGUAUUCCCCAAUUGGUAUCUCUAAAAACUGCCUAAGGCUAUCCAUGAUGUACUCAAUCAAAGCUCUCUUUUUUAGAUAUAAUCUCCCUAUCAUAAAAUGAAAAGAGCUAUCUGAUCUGGAUCAAACUUUUAGCCAAAAUUAUGUUUACUUCUAGUGGCUGUAUAACAUCAGCAGAAAGUGUUCUCAUAACCCAACAGAGUCAGGAAGAGUUGUACAAGAUUAUAGAAAACAACCAAAAACUUGCCAAGGUAUGUGUGUAUAUAGUACCAUUAGCUUGCCCACCAAAAUGUAACAAUGACUUAAAAUAAAGAAUCUGGCCACUUAAAAUAGAAGUAAAUCAAACAUAAUAAGAACUGAAAAUAAUAUAAUGUACAUGUACUAGAAACAAAAAUUUGCAGUUGAGGUUGAGUAGACAUUAAUUUUCCUUGUCACCAUCAGCCUUAACCCUUUAACUCCCAUGAGUGACCAAGACAGAAUUUCUCCUUACAAUAUCAAUACAAUAUCAACCAGAUAAGUGAUGAGAAUAAAGAAAAUAUCAAGUUGGAGAUAAUAAGUUGAUCCAAUACUAAAUUCUCCAAACUAAAAUUAUAAGAAUUGUGUGAUUGACAGUGAGGAGAAUGACAAAUUUGAUCUGGGAGUUAAAGGUUUAACACAGUUUUGUGUAAUGAAAAAAGUGGUUUGUGAUCUUGAAGUAAGUAUAGAUGUUCAAACUUUAAAAAUUCCUUUUUAUUUUUUUUAUGUAGGAAGGUAAACCAGAUGGGCAAAAACUGAUAGUAGUCUCUGUAUCUCCUCAAUCACGUGCUUCUGUUGCAGCAAAGUUCCAAUUAAACAUUACCGAGGUAAAAUAGCUUAAUGUUUCCAAGAAAUUCUCUUUAUGAGUCAAGAUAAUGUUUUCUAACCAAGAUAAGUCCACGAAAUUAUUCAUGUACUCUUCAGCUUACCAAGCAUAAUUUACCAGCUAUAAAACAUGAAUAAAGUUUUUCCUUCACUUGUUAUUCAGCAUGUUACUCUCUGCUUUAGUCAUUAGGCAGUCAAAUCAGUAUACCUUGUUGCUCUGAUAUGUCUAAGUUGUCAACUGGUAGUAAUUUCUCCCGAAGAAUUCCUUCUGUUUUGUGUUUAUUGGCAUUAGAAUUCUCUUUGUAAAAUAAAUUCCCUUGCUCUUUUUGCAGACAGCUAAAAAAUUAACAGCUUUUCUCAAAAAUCUAGGUAAGAUGCCAUCAAAUAUCAAAUAAAUUGUUUAUAUUAGGUAAAUCAUAUGACAGUAGGAUUAAUUAACUAUAGUUGCAAAAACAUAGUACAAAUAAAUAGCUGUAUACAUAGAUAUGGUAACAUCCAGAUUCAUUCAAUGCAUUCUUGAGGUAACAUGAUUCUUUUAUGAAGCUAACUUAGGAUUAAUGUUAAAUGUGCUGUGAACAAACAAACUAAAGAAUUCCCUAUUGUAAUUUCAGGUGUUCAUCAUGUUUUUGACACUACUUUUUCAAGGGAUUUUAGUCUCAUAGAGAGGUAUUAAUAAUUAUUACAAGUCAGACCUUUUGUAUACUUUAUUUUAGUUUCUCAAUGUGAUAGGGGUUGAAAAAAGUUUGAAGAGAUAAACAUGAUUGGAACCAUGAAAGCAGAGAGAUUUUUGUAAAACAUUACCUGAAAGUUGAAAGAGACUCAUAUUGUGUAUCGUACUUAACACUUGCAUGCAAGAACCAAAAAAUAGAGCCAUUCAUUUCACAUGUAUAUUAAAGUGGCAUCGUGACAUCUAUUUAUGAAUGAUGAUUGUGCUUCUGCAAAUGGCUUGCUUAUUUUGUUACCUUUUAAACUGUCUGUAUUUUGAAUUGCAUUUGGUCUCGCAGUGAUCAAAAAGGGAUUCAUUAUCAAUAAUGUGUGAUGCAGUUUAGAACAGUUUCAGGUUAUAUGAUGUUAAGGAUGUUUUAUGACUUUGGUGAUAUAUUUCGAUAAAAAAAGAAACUCCAGAUCAAAUUGAGCAGAAACCAUUUUGACUUGGAAGUCCAUGUAACGUACAACAUAUACAUGUUACUUAAUAGUAUGAAACAAAAGUAUAACAAGCUGUAUUCAACAAUUUCUUUUGUAGUCAAGAAGAGUUUGUUCAGAGAUUAAAGGCACAGCAAUCUGGAGAGAAGGAGUCUGUACCCAUGUUGGCAUCGGCUUGCCCUGGUGAGAAUAGUGUUUUCUGACUACUAGAUCUCUACUGUUUAGAUCUUAGAAAUUUAUGUUUUAAGUAUUUUCAUUGGUUUUUGUUCAAUUAUUCCUCAUUUUUUUGUUCUAAUUAUGAUUUCUGAGCAUUUAUUUUGGAGAAGAGAAAAAGUAGUUGUUGUAUUUUAGUUUAUUUCCAAUGUAUUACUUGCAAAUUUCAUCCCAGUCAAAGCUACAUUUUUUGUUAUUCACAAUCUUUUUGAUCUUGUGAAAUGUGCAUUCCCAUCAGAGUUCCUAUCAUUAUGUAAGAUGGAAAUUUUGAUAAUGUGCUAACAAGAAGGUCAGUACACUGUUAUUUCCCUUUCAGGCUGGGUGUGUUAUGCUGAGAAGACUCAUGGUAGCUACAUUUUGCCCUUCAUCAGGUGUUUGUGUUUUUUUUUUUUUCCUGUUAAGAUUGACUGGUUGGGGCUUAGAUUCCGAGAGGGAUUAGACACAGUCAAUUACAGUUUUUAGUAGACUACAAGCAGUCCCUCUUUUUCACUUUAAUGAUUUAAAAAAAAUCAAUAGGAUAAAAAUUAUUUUAGCAUGCCACAGUGAACUUUGGUAGAAAUGCCUACUUUUUGUGUACCAACUAUUAGAGUUCAGCACAGGAUGCUAACAUCAGUUUUUUAACACUCAUUUUUGUUUUUAACUUGCAUGACAGGCAAAAAGGUAGGGACUGCUUGUAUUCUAAGUUUUUUUAAAAACGCUUUUUGGAGGUGAAAACUCUACAAUUUGAAUAACUGAAGGAAUAUAAUGAAUAUGCUGUGUGUGAAUGAGAAGAGAAAAGUCUGAUUCUUCCUUUUCAGUUCUGCUUAUCAUAAGUUCAUGCAACUUUUGUUGCAUACAAGACAUUUUUGGUUACUACAUGGUGCAUUUUUCUACUUGAGUUGUCAUUGAGAGUCUGAUUUAGAUAAGGUUAUUAUGCCACAGCUGUGUCAUUAGCAGACUGCAUGUUGACCACAAGCAAAUGCAAACAUAUCUCUCCUUCACUAUCCUUGUGUUUUAGCAAGACAUUGAUGUGGUGAGCCUUCAGAUCACUCUACAUCUCUUUAUCCUGUUAGGAGUGUACUUGUCGCAGUAACUAGCAAAAUAUACCAGAGUAUCUCUGUAUCUAAUCUUAGAUUCUACCUCUGAUCUCUUUUGAAGCACAACAAAAUCUCCGCAGCAGAUCAUGGGUUCUCUAAUCAAGGAUCACUAUGGGAAAUCAAUGGGGAAAAAGUAUGAUUUUGCAUGAACCCUUCACACUCAAAUAUUCAUAUUGCACUGUUCUCUCAACAGUUCCUAUGGUACUGACAGGGAGAAUUUCUUUGACAAUCAGGAGCUUCUUAAAUUGGUGAUCAGUUCCUGUUUCCUUGUGACCUUUACAUUUGAUUCAAGGGUGUUACUGUUUGGAGAAAUAUUGGAAGCCAGUCACUCAAAACAAAUUCUGUUGUUUGAUCAAGUGCACUUUCAAACAAUAUAUACCAACCAUUUAGUUUGUGUAGGUCACCUGUUCCUGGGACACUGCAAAAUUUUAAUAUUUUUCCUUAUUUUUCUGAACAGACCAGAUGAUAUCUAUCAUGUGACCAUAAUGCCAUGUUAUGACAAAAAGCUUGAAGCUUCCAGAGAAGACUUUUAUAAUGAUAUCUAUAGAACAAGAGAUGUGGAUUGUGUUAUUUCAACAAGUAUGCUCCUCUAUUUUGUUUUAAUGAGCAAAAGAGCUGCAGCUUUGUAAUUGGUUAAGUGGUUGUUGUAAGGGUUUCUAGUACUAAGUUAAUGACAGUGGGUCAGAAAGAUUGAUGGGUUGGAAAAACCUGCAAUCAGGCAUUUCGUUUUAGAAAGAGGAAAAAGUGAUAGCAGAUGGCUGAAGGGGUAGACAGCAUCCCACCCGCCCUCCCUCUCCGCCGUUCCAUUGGCCGCCUUCUGAAUGCCGCUUGCUGCCUACAACUAGCUAUCAUUCCGUGUUUUGGGUAUGAAGGACAAAUCAAAUUUAAAAAAUCAAAGGAACUUUUCAUGAUAGUUUAGGUACUGAGUGGUCAGUGAUAGUUGAGGAGAGGAACUGUUUGCCUUAAUUGAUGUACAAUUUUUUUGUGUGUUUUAUUAAAAUACAGCAACUCGUGAAAUUUUACGUUUAGUUUCACGUGGAAAACCGAUAUUGCCCAAAUCGCCAAGUUAGAAGCGCGAUAUUGUAAUUCCAAGUGAAAUUAAACGCUGGCUUCUAAAAAGCUUUUAGAUAAGUAAUUUUUUGUUUUAGAUUAAAGUUCUUUGUCUCAGACAGUGGCUGUUUGACUUCUUUUUUUUUCCCUUUGCUUAGUUGAACUGGAGAAAAUGUUUGAGGAAAAGAAUGUGAACUUUGCUGAGCUGGAGAAUGCUGAACUGGACUCGUUGUAAGUUAUCGCACUUUUAGGAUAUGCCAUGUUUGCGUUUUUAAGAAAAUUUUGUCAAGGGUAACCGAGUUGUUCUUCUGGAUGUUUCAGGUUUUCAAGCAUUGAUCAAGAAGAACUUGUAGGCCAUUCUGGAGGUGGCUCGGUAAGAUGCUUACCAGCGUCUUUUUUAUGUAUUUAAUUUCUGUAUUGCAUGGAUCAAUGUCUUCUGAAUUAGAAUAAAAAAAAACUUUUUCUCAAAUCACGUGUGUUUGUAUGAUAACUUCACUUCUGAGUCACAUCCGACGAGACAUUAACAAACGAUCCCGUUUUGAUGAAAAGGUCUGUUCCCAUUUCUAGUCUUAAUUUAAUUUUUUCUUAAUUUGCGGAAGUAAAUGAUGUUUGAUUAUCUUAUUUCAGGGUGGCUUUCUGGAGCACAUAUUUAUUUACGCUGCUAAGGAGGCAAGUUUCAGAUAACAAUUUGCAAGGAUACUAAUUAAAAGACAUUUUGCUGCAGAUAUUCUUUUUUUAUCUCUAUCAAAAGUUUUCUUGAUAUUUAAGCAAAUUCAAAGAAGACUUGUGGCCCUCCACACUAACAAACUCAUUCUAUGCUAGUAAACUUCCCUCAACUGUAAAAAGUACGAUUGAAUGUGACCUGUGCAAUUUGACUCAAUAAUUGAUAGUUCAUGUUUGUUUAACGACUGAUAUUUGUAAUUUGCGUUUACACGUGUUAUUUUUCUCAGUUGUAUGGCCAGACUGUUGAAAACAUAACCUACAAGACUCUAAGGAACAGGGACUUUAAGGAGGUAACCUUGCAGGUAAUGGCAGCAUACGUUCGUUAUUACUUUAGCUCAAUUAGCCGUUUGGCGAAUGAUCCAUGUGCCUUUCUUUUUCAACAUCUUCUUUGUGCAGGGUGCUUGACGUGAUUCUGCUCAUUGACAUUAGUGACCAGUUUUAAUUUAUCGCCUGGGAAAGGAUUCCCUUUUUUUUUUUUGGGGGGGGGGGAUACUCUGUAGUAUUCAAUAGAAUACUACAGAACCUUCGGGGGAUUAAGUAAAAUUACAUGACAAAAUCCUCCAACUCCCCCCUCCCUGUGAUAAAUAAUGAGCGGUCCCUUAGGGUAACUGAAUGCUGUUGGCCCAGCCUUAAAUUUCAUCUCCAGCCAUGGUCUCAUUUCUUAUGUUGUAUUGAUUGCCUCUGCGGGCGAGGUCACGAACUCCAAGUUUUUUCUUCAGGUCGAUGGUAAAGAAGUCCUCAAAUUUGCAGCAGCUUACGGUUUUCGAAAUAUCCAGGUUAGCUUAUACGAAUUGCUCAGUUGUUACUGGAAUUUAUAUAUUAUACUUAUAAAAAUGUUUGUGAAUGAUUGUAGAAUCUUGUACAGAAAAUAAAGCGGGGAAAGUCUCCAUAUCAUUUUGUGGAAGUCAUGGCAUGCCCGGCGGGUGAGUCUCUUUAUACAAUUGUAUUAUUUAGUUGUUUCUGCGGUUUUAUGUUUAUGGAGAGGCAGCAGGCCAAUAAACACUGCAUUCCGAGGUCUGGGUUCAAGUAUAAACCAGAUUGCCUCUAUCCUCCCUGGCUAGCAGUAUAAAUGACAACCAUCAAACUGUCGGAGAAAGCUGAAGAAAUGUGGGGGGGAGGGGAGGGGAGAGGUAAUCUGUGUUGGACUGGUAUCACCCCUGCAUCUCUCUGUGGAAACCAUUAUUCCUGUUUGUUGAACUGUGGGGUCAGUUUGAGUAUCCGUGAUUAACAUGAGUGGAAUAAAUUGUUGGUUUUUCCUGGUUAAGGCAAGAAGCGUGAAAAUGAGAAACACAGUCGUGUUUGUUGGAAAGCAGUCAAAGUGGACGUCAGCUUCGAUUUAAAAUUCCUUUAGAAGUAAUUUGGAUGUGGCAAACAUUUCAAGGUCCCAAAUUAAACAUCUUGCCCUUUUUCGAAAGAUCUGUGAUGAUUUUCUUGAGUUUGUGUUCGUUUGUCGUUCCCAGGCUGUCUCAACGGAGGUGGCCAGAUAAGGCCAGGGGAUGGAGAAACGUCAAAAGAGCUAAUAAGUAGACUGGACGAACUCUACAAUUCAUUGAGGUAACCUCCAUUACCUUUCUUAGCAGCAUGUUGCUGUCGUUUUCCAUCGUGUUUCUUCGGGCAGCCUCUUACUUGAAAAACGAUAGCUCGUUCAACCAGAAGGCAUUCCAUCUUAGUGAUGCAUCCUUUCCGAAGUACUACUAAACUUAAGUUCGUUAAGACAAUUUUUGAAGAGAAAAACAACUGUUGUUUGUAUGGUAACUGCGUUCAAGGGAUGUUACCUCUGGAUCUUAUUGAAACUGUGUAUACUAUUUUGUUUUGGCCAGAUCAAGAAAGCCGAGUGAAAAUCCAGCGGUAGAAGAUUUGUACAGGUGAGAUGGAUCACUAAAUGUUUUGACUGUGUAUGUUUAGACUUGGCAACUACGCGAACGGGAGACGUGACGGCUUAGUGUUUACCCGCUGGAAGUCUAGAGACGUGCUCUGGCAAGAUCACAGUACGGUGUUAACCAAGAGUAAUGUAGAUGAAAUGGCAUGCAAUUAGUGAUACCGGCUAACGGUAUUUGGACGGGGCGCAUCAGCAAGGUUACCUCAGACAGACGAGUAGUAUUUAUAAUGAGAGGACUUAGAAUUAUAGAUACUAUUAUAUGCAGAUGAUAAUACAACGAUCCGGGUAAACAGAGAAUCUUGAGUCCUAAUUCCUCAACAUGACCUUACCUGACUGAUGAAAACUCCCAGUCUAGUUAAGACAAAGAAUAUGAUAUUGUGAUGUGAUCUUUUUAAAGUUGUUGUUUGUUCGAUAUUUUAGAGAGUGGCUCGGUGGACAAUCUUCACAAAAGGUGUGAAAACAUUUUUAUUUCUUAUAAUAUUUACAUGUUUAUAUAUCAAGGAUAAGUUAACGAACCUAGAGCCUCAAAAGUUUCUGUAGAGCUAUACGAGGAUACGGUUUGUCAAACAAGGCCAAAUACGUAACAGAAUCAAAUCAGAACUGUUGUUGUUUUAAAAUGUCGGAGCGAACGUCAAAGAACGGAAGGGGUGAAAAUGGCUAACUUGUUAGCCUUCAACUGGAAUCUUGGUUUCCAUUUAUUUAUGUUGCUUUUUUAUUCUUUGAAUUGGAGAGAAAUAUUAAAAUUGUAUGUAGGUGUACUACACAUUGACUGUUCAAUCAAAGCUUAAGAGGCAAGUGAUUGUUUAAAUUUUAUUCUGCACAUCAUUGCAAGCUGGCGGGGGUACUUGCCUCAUGAACACCACUUACUCAACUUGUUCGCCUCAAAUUUCGGUGUUGCAAGCUGAUGAAAGACAUUGCAAAAAGUUGAACAGUUAAGUGUUUUUAACACAACAUGUUGCCUCAACUUGUUGUUAUUCACCCCAGGUAAAAGAGAUGCUUCACACCAAUUAUCACGAGGUGGAAAAACUGAGCACAGCACUGAAUAUAAAGUGGUGAUGCAUUAUCGCAAAAUGUCACCCAGUCAGCAUAUCCCGUGGGAUCAUGCGGAGCCAAUCACGAUCGAGAUUUUUGCUUUUUCCAAUUAAAAGAACAACCGUUGACUCAACUCCGACAUCAGGCUGAUGUCGGAGUUGCUAUGCUGUUUAGCCUCAGGAGGCUCGAUAAAAAAAAAAUGAUAGAGUGAAAUGGUGAUUGUAUAAUGACGUCAUGCCAUCCAAGAUUGUCAAAUUCUAUGACAGUGAGAACCAAAACUUUUAAUUGAUGUCUUUUGAGACUUUUUCUCGGAGCGAAGUAUCGUUUGCAAAAUCUAUUUCUUCUAAUAAUACUCAAGUCGCAGCAGUGUAUUUUUCAUAGGGGGGACUAUUUAAAUGAGUGGGAAUACUCUAAAUUUAAAAAUAUUUUUUCAAGAGAAAAUGUAUAAGAAUAUCAGAAUAACGCG